AUGUUGCGGAAGAACGAAGAAAGAUAUCGGGAAACGGAAGCACUUGUCAAGAAGUUCAAAACACAGGAACAGGUUAGUUUACUUAUGAUUUUCUUUUUGUGAAUAACCGUAUCUUCCCCAACUUCAAAAAAGUGAAAGAACGCUAAAGUAAAGCAAAAUUUUGUAGGAAUAUUGUCCUUUUUCUUGAUUGGGCUACAAAGGGCAUGUACUCACUGUUCUAUGCAUGCAUGAAUUCAUGUAACUCUUUGCGCUACAGAGAUACUUUUUAUGUAACAAAAACCUAUCCACGUUUCAAAAUAACGUUUCCUCCUGACAAAGUGUAAUUAAUCCCUCUAGACCACUUAUAUUAAUCUUUUUCUCUCUCUCCUUUUCCGCUGUCCCUAAGAAAGCCUCCUCUUUGCAUUUUGUUGAAUUCCGGCACACGGAAAGAUUGAAGGCUGAUAUCUCUUUGAGCCUUUUUGGAGCCGCGUAGCCUCCUACCCUUAGAGAAUUCCUGCCGGACAUCCCAUCAAAUUUAGGAAGAAGAAAAAGAAGGAAGAGAGAAAGGGUAAGGGGGUUAAAGCAGUUCAUAGUGCAAAAAUGUUAGGUAGGGAUAGUGGGGACCAGACAUUUCCCCAAGGAUUCUGAAAAAACGGACAACCAAUUCAUUUAACUGACCACUGAAUUCCCCUUUUGCUUAUACUGCCCAGAAAUCGGACGUAGAUCACUAAAACCAAAGGGUGUGGUGAUAAAAGUGAUUUCGAAAAAGAAAUGAAGACUGAUUUGGGACUAGUCAAAGAAUGAGAAACGGUAACAUCAUCUUCUAACUUUCAUUUUGUAACUAAACAGUUGGUUUCGCGCUAUUUCCACCGACCCGGAUGUGAUGGACAAAAUUUUGAGAAGAACUUUACGAAAUUGUAACUCACUAACGAUUAGCAACUUCACCGCUUUUUAAAAGCUCUGCCGUAUGUAUUUACUUUCAUGAUACCUCGCAAUGAGUUCGUUCAAAGAGUAACUUCCACGGAAUCUUGCAAGGCUGUCAUAAUGUUCAAAUUUUCUGCUGUCGCGAACAUUCUGACCAACGUGUGGCAACCUUUUUUGUAGACUUUUUCUGCUAGAAAGGUUCACACACGUCAACGCCCACGCCAAAAAGUGAUGUGUGAAGUGAGAAGAAGCGAAAAAACACAUGGCUCCAAAAGGAAAGGGGGCAAAGUUUGAAAUGUCUCCCGAAGGAGGGAAGUGAUGAGAUAAAGUGUUGAGAACUAACUUUUCCCUGUUUGAGUCCCCCGCUCUUCUCUUUUUUGCUGAAAUUUAAACAAAAUUCAGAUGAGAUGAGGAUGAGGGCAGUUGAAGAUUGAUGUUGAUGAAGAGAGUUGGGUUGAAAAAUAGAAAGGAAAUCUCUCUUUUUUCGGUGGAAAAUGACGGGGAGUCAGAUUGAAAUUUGAAGAAAAAGAGGAGAGGGUUGCAAGAGAAACUGACGUAAACGAGUCCCCAGUGAGCCACAAUUCUCAUGGACCUUUCGACGCCUUCUACCUAAACAGCGGCGGCGGCCAACACAUUUAUCCAUGUCAUUUUGAAAGCACCACUGGGUGGUGAGCCUGAUAUUGGGUCUGAGACGAGUUGCACUUCCAUUUCCAAGCACUUUUUGUUCCAUUUUCAACUCAGAAUGCUAACUUUUUCGGCGUUGAAGCAACGCAUUUCUAGAUCUCCAUACUCUAUAUUCAGUUUCACAUCGGUAAGCACUUUGUUUUCUUGUCAAACUUUGAAGAAAGAAAAAUUGUUUUAAAUCUGAGAGGCUUUUCGAAGGUCUUCCGAAGCCUAAUCUUUUGACCCAUUUGCACAGAAAAGAUUUCCAAUUUUUCAUGUUUUCAACAAACAUGCCACCUUAAAUUUACUUGGAUAUUUGUUCAAAAAAUCUAAAAAGUUGAGAGGACAACCCCGUGAAUCGGAAACCAGGAAGCUUUCCAAAGAAUUAGGCGAUUUCUAUGUGAGAGCGAGGUAAAUAAGGCUAGGUGACCCGUGACCCACUAAAAGUCACUGCGCCCUCUCGGCGGACCCCCCCCCCAUUCCUUCUUUUGCGUCACCCCAAGAAUUGAUAGAUUCGGCCGAGAAGCUGUGAAGCCGUCGACAGACUCAGAAGGCCCCGCCCACCCAUCAUCUGACACCAGGGCCCAAGUGUGUGCCUCCAGAACCUCCAGGCACCCCUGUGUUUUUCGGGUCGGAACUCUUUAGCAUCGCUCGAAAACGGAACAUUUUCUAUUUGUCUAAUUCGUUCCAUUCGUCUAGCUGGCUCAAAACGUCUCAAUUCCAACAAAUAUUAUGUACUAGCUAAAUGGUAUUGAGCAUAAAUCCUUCAUGUGCUCCGCCAAACUAUGAGCAGGCUAGCUUGGCUCCACUGAACAUUCCCAACGGUUCCUGUUCUUCGGAAAGACGGAAAAGUUCCGUUUUGGCAGAUGUUUCCAGAACUUUUGCUAAAAUGUCAAAGGUAACUAACUACAUGACUUUAGGGCACGUAGUAGAUUAAAAAUCGAGAACUUACUCUUCGAAAAGUUAUAUGUCCGAUAAACUAAAUUCCAAAAAAGAUGGGAGUUCGUCAUAAAGAAUUUUAUUCCCUAGAGACUAGUUUCUCAAAGAGAAGCUAUGCCGAUUUCAACAAGUUCACACUUGAACUUUUUCUUUUUCUUCUAAACACUUUUUUUAGGAUGUCGGCAAAACAUUUGAUGAGGAAACGCCGCGUAAAGAGGAAGAGGAUGGAGGAGCAAAAGCACAAAUUCAACAUUCCGUUCGAGAUUUCUGCGAACAAACCACUUUUCAUGGAGUUAACAUGGUAAGCGUCCAUCUUAUCAGAAAUCUUUGAGAAAAAAAUAUUCAGAUUUUCACAACAAACUUUUAUUGGGUCCGACUUCUCUGGGUGUUCGUCAGUUUGAUUUGCAUUUGUUUAUGUAUGUACUCGUUUUCGCAUGUCAAAGCGAAAUACGACAGACAGGAGAAAAUUGUGAAUGUUGAGGUGAGUAGGUCAAGAUUUUAUUGAAAUCAUAGGGUUUCGUUGUUCCAACAUUGUCAUUAAGUCAUCAGUCAGACACAUGUAGGCUGAAAAAUUCUAGCAUUGACUUGAGAGAGAGAGCGUUAAGCCUAGUCAUGCAAAAGUGCCCAUUAUCGCGUAAUAUGAGUCCUUCUAUCGUAAUUUCAUCAAAAACAUUCCCCACUAGGACAGCCUAAAAAAGUGCAUUCCAACAUUCAAACAUGAUCAAUUACAGUUGGAAUUCGAGUCAGCACCAUUCCCAGCGAUCACAGUGUGCAACCUGAAUCCAUUCAAGAACCAUCUGGCCAGAAGUGUUCCAGAAAUUAGUGAAACGGUAACCUUUAGUGAAUCAGAGUUCAAUUUUUUUUUGCUCUUUUCGACUCUUUUUGAGAGAAAAAAACGACCAGUUCCAUGAAUGUCCGUUGAGAAAUGGGCAAAUGAAUAAGAAAUGAGAAAAGGUGGACACGAGAAACAAUAAAAUUGAACUGCGUCACCGGUUUUUGGGUCAAUGAAAUUGACAAAUCAUGAUUUUAUUCGCAUGUGAUAGUUUCUUUGCAGCUCGACGCCUUCCAUCAAGCAGUCGUUUAUAGUAAUGACGCGGCAAUUGACGAGUUCACCGGACGCGGAAAACGAAGCCUAAAUGAUGGCCGUGAGUCGCUUUUUUUUUCGCUUUUUUUCGUUCCUCUUUUUCACUGAGCCAAGAAAAAGGGGUCAAUUGGCUGGGCUUGAGUUCGAGUUCCAGUUUAAAAUGUGACAAAUUGUGACGGCUCUCAGGGAUUAGUUCUGAAGAGGUGAGGGGUUAAGAAAUGGAACUAUUUGGGUGAAGGACCGAAAAGGGGUUGAGUUAUGAUCUUUAGACGUGGUUUCUGAGCGUUGGAGAUGUUCUUUUUUUGAAGAAAGACUAUUUAUUGGGCUAUUGUAAUAUUCUGAGAAGCUGUUCAACUCCACUUUUACAGCAUCAUUCAAAUUUCUGCAAUACGAACCAGUCUACUCGGAUUGCACCUGUGUUGGCGGAAAGCAAGAGUGUAUAGGUAUGAUCAGUUUUGUACUUUGCAAAAUAAGAAAUCGUUUUGAAUUCCAGCCCAAACUUCAAUUCCACAUAGUCUUGACAAAGCGUGCAUUUGUAACUACGAUCGACACGAUGGAAGUGUUUGGCCUUGUUAUAGUGCUCAGUACGUCUCUGUCGCUCUAAUUUUUGAUGUAGUUAGCAGCUCCCGCUAACAACAACAACAACAUGUUGGCUAAUUCGAUAAUUCGAAUCUUCUCGAAAGGCGUCAAAUGUCCCCCCAAUUACAGAACAUGGGAGAAGGCGAUAUGUCCGGAAUGCAAUGAUAUUGGGUUCUGCAACGUGCCAAAUACCACGGGAAACGGCAAAAUUCCGUGUUAUUGUCAAUUGGUAAGUGGAUGGAGAAAAGGGGGGGGGGGUACUAAAGUAAGCGAUUGAGAAAAAAGGGGAAAGUUGGCUGAACUGUAAAAGACAAAAAGACCGUGUUUUCUAAGCACUACCUUAUUGCAUUCCACCAACCUAAACCAAAAAAUUAAAGAAUCAAAAUCUGAUCCAUUUCAGAACAUGGGAUACUGUGUGUUUAUGCCAGAAUCGAGACUCCGAAGAAUUUGGGAGUUCCAAGGCAACAAGAUCCCUGAGAAAGGCAGUCCUCUCCGCAAAGAGUACAUGGAACAGCUGACACAAUUGGGUUACGGUAACAUGACCGAUCAAGUGGCAAUCACCACCCAAGCCAAGGAGAAGUAAGAAAUCGGAGUUGUUUUUGACUUUCACUGUUUCUAUUUCUGUUCAGGAUGAUUCUGAAAAUGUCUGGACUUCACCCACAACGCCGAGCAGCCUUGGGCUACGGUAAAUCGGAGCUCAUCAAGAUGUGCUCGUUCAAUGGGCAGCAGUGCAAUAUCGACACGGAAUUCAAGUGGGGAAUCUUAUUUCUCCCACAAAAAUGUAUCGCUAAUUUAAAUUAAGACUCCACAUAGACCCAUCUUUUGGUAACUGUUACACAUUCAACGCGAAUCCUAAAACGAUUCUGGCUAGCAGUCGAGCUGGCCCAAGUUACGGUACUUUUGUCGGCAGUUGGUUCGCAAAGCGGAAAAUGUAAUAUUGUAGGUCUACGUCUGAUGCUCUUCGUGAACUCCUCUGACUAUCUCCCAACCACUGAGGCGACCGGAGUUCGAAUCGCCAUUCACGGAAAACAAGAGUGCCCGUUUCCUGACACAUUUGGCUACUCGGCGCCUACAGGAGCCAUUUCUUCUUUCGGAAUCUCUCUGAGACGAGUAAAUCGGUUGCCCUUGCCCUAUGGAAAUUGUUAUGAAAGUCAAUAUCCACCAGCAAACAGUAUCUAUAAGGAGUACAAGUAUGAACCUGAGGUUGUCAUUGAAAUUUUGGAACAUUUUUAAAGUAUUGUGAAAUUCAGGGUUGCUUCCGAUCAUGUUAUCAACGUCGGAUUAUUGCACGGUGCGGAUGCGCGGACCCGAGAUUUCCAAACCCUUGGGAGAGAAGUUCCUGGUGUGACAGUAGAAACGUCACAGUUUGUGAGUCUCUUAAAACUUGAUUCCAUAAUACUCUUUUUUUCAGUAAACUGCUUAUCCAUAGAAGGCGCCAAACUUUCCACAAAGAAGAAUCACUGCAAGUGCAUCCAUCCAUGCCAACAAGACCAGUACACAACCACAUAUUCGGCUGCUAAGUGGCCAAGUGGAAGUAUACAAACUCAGUGCGAUAAUCAAGCAAAAAACUGCAAUGACUAUUAUCGGUAAUUGAUUUUGAAUCACAUUGAGGUAACUUGAAAUGAUAAAUUUUCAGAGAACAUGCAGCCAUGAUUGAAAUCUAUUACGAGCAAAUGAGUUAUGAGAUUCUCAGAGAGUCAGAAUCGUAUUCUUGGUUCAACCUGAUGGCUGACAUGGGCGGACAAGCUGGUCUGUUUUUAGGUGAGUUUGAUAGAAAAAUCAAAAAGAAACUUCUUUUCCUAUGUCACUUUAAAUUUAUUGCAGGAGCGAGCAUAAUGAGUGUCAUUGAAUUCUUGUUCUUCGCCGUCCGAACUCUCGGAAUUGCCUGCAAAGCAAGAAAGUGGCGGCAGAAAGAAAAGUUGCUGCGAGCUGAAGAUGAAGCUGAAAAAGGAGCAUCCACAAAUUGUAAUUGA